AUGCGUGAGAUUGUUCACCUCCAGACCGGUCAGUGCGGUAACCAAAUUGGUGCCGCCUUCUGGCAGACCAUCUCUGGCGAACACGGCCUCGACAGCAAUGGUGUCUAUAACGGCACCUCCGAGCUCCAGCUCGAGCGAAUGAGCGUUUACUUCAACGAGGCCUCGGGCAACAAGUAUGUCCCCCGCGCUGUCCUCGUCGAUCUCGAGCCCGGCACCAUGGAUGCCGUUCGUGCCGGUCCCUUCGGUCAGCUGUUCCGCCCCGACAACUUCGUUUUCGGCCAGUCUGGAGCCGGCAACAACUGGGCCAAGGGCCACUACACCGAAGGUGCCGAGCUCGUCGACCAGGUCCUCGACGUCGUUCGCCGCGAGGCUGAGGGAUGCGACUGCCUGCAGGGCUUCCAGAUCACACACUCCCUUGGUGGUGGUACUGGUGCCGGUAUGGGCACACUGCUCAUCUCCAAGAUCCGUGAGGAGUUCCCCGACCGCAUGAUGGCUACCUUCUCCGUCGUGCCCUCCCCCAAGGUCUCCGACACGGUCGUCGAGCCUUACAACGCUACCCUUUCCGUCCACCAGCUGGUCGAAAACUCGGACGAGACCUUCUGCAUCGAUAACGAGGCACUCUAUGACAUCUGCAUGCGCACGCUCAAGCUGUCCAACCCCUCGUACGGCGACCUCAACUACCUGGUCUCGGCCGUCAUGUCUGGCGUCACCACCUGCCUGCGAUUCCCCGGCCAGCUCAACUCUGACCUGCGCAAGCUGGCCGUCAACAUGGUUCCUUUCCCUCGUCUGCACUUUUUCAUGGUCGGCUUCGCUCCUCUGACCAGCCGCGGUGCCCACUCUUUCCGCGCCGUCAGCGUGCCCGAGUUGACCCAGCAGAUGUUCGACCCCAAGAACAUGAUGGCUGCCUCUGACUUCAGGAACGGUCGUUACCUGACCUGCUCCGCCAUCUUCCGUGGUAAGGUCGCCAUGAAGGAGGUCGAGGAUCAGAUGCGUAACGUGCAGAACAAGAACUCGAGCUACUUCGUGGAGUGGAUCCCCAACAACAUCCAGACGGCUCUUUGCGCCAUCCCUCCCCGUGGCCUCAAGAUGUCGUCCACCUUCAUCGGAAACUCCACCUCUAUCCAGGAGCUCUUCAAGCGUGUCGGUGAGCAGUUCACCGCCAUGUUCCGUCGCAAGGCUUUCUUGCAUUGGUACACUGGCGAGGGCAUGGAUGAGAUGGAGUUCACCGAGGCCGAGUCCAACAUGAACGAUUUGGUUUCGGAGUACCAGCAGUACCAGGACGCUGGCGUCGAUGAGGAGGAAGAGGAGUAUGAGGAGGAAAUUCCUCAUGAGGUUGAGGAGGUCAACCUUCGCUUCGUGGCGGUCGAGGCCAUUGCGUAA